AUGUUGAAACCGAUGAGGCUCGGAGUCUUGGUGGUUUUGUCGCUGCUCUUGAUCGCAACCCAUCUGCCCAGCGCAAACACCUCCCCCUUGGAGUUCUCCGAGCGAGACACGGAUGAAAUUGGGCCUGGGAAGCUGGGCGCUGUUGCUAGCGAAAGCUCAAUCUGCUCCCGCCAUGGAUCUGAUAUUCUGAAGAAGGGCGGAAACGCUGCUGACGCUUUGGUUGCAACGGAAUUUUGCAUUGGUGUCGUGGGAAUGUAUCACAGUGGAAUCGGCGGAGGUGGCUUUAUGCUGGUGAGAUCGGCAAAAGGUGAAUACGAGUUCAUUGAUUUCCGAGAGACGGCUCCAGCUGCGGCAUUCGAGGAUAUGUACAAAAACAACGAGGAUGCUUCCAUCUACGGUGGACUGGCAAGUGGAGUUCCGGGCGAAGUACGAGGUCUCGAGUAUCUCCACAAGAAAUACGGCUCCCUUCCAUGGUCGACUGUUAUGCAGCCCGCUAUCCGCACAGCCCGUGACGGUUUCCCUGUUACAGAAGAUCUUGUCAAAUACAUGAAAUCUUCCGUUGGCACUGGAGAGGAUUUCUUGUCCAAGAACCCCACGUGGGCAAUUGACUUCGCUCCGAACGGAACCAGGCUUGGGCUGGGCGAUACCAUUACCCGACGUCGGUUGGCGGAUACCCUCGAAGCUAUUGCACAGCGUGGCGCAGAUGCAUUCUACUCGGGCCCCAUCGCGGAGGCUAUGAUCAACGCGGUGCAGAGCGAAAACGGCACAAUGACGCUCGAGGAUCUGAAAAACUACACUGUGGCUAUUCGGGAUAUCUCUCAGAUUGACUACCGUGGCUACAAGAUCACGAGUACGACGGCCCCCUCAAGUGGUAGUAUCGCCAUGAGCAUUUUGAAGAUCCUCGGGACAUACAAAGAUUUCUUCUCGAGUGAACAGGCCGUGAAUCUGAGUACCCAUCGCAUGGACGAGGCGAUGCGAUUCGGAUAUGGCGAGAGAUCUAAAUUCGGUGACCCUCUGUUUGUUGACGGGAUGGCCAAGUAUGAGAAGGACAUCCUGAAGCAGUCUACGAUCGAUGACAUUCGAUCUAAGAUCUCGGAUGCUCGAACUCAGAACGUAUCUGUUUAUGACCCAGCCGGGCUGGAAAGCCUGGAGACCCCUGGAACUUCCCACAUUGCAGCAGCCGAUCAUACUGGCCUUGCAAUCUCGGUAAUUACUACAAUCAACCUGCUCUUCGGUAGCCAUGUCAUGGUCCCAGAAACCGGUAUCAUCAUGAACAACGAGAUGAACGAUUUCUCCAUUCCUGGAUCAUCCAACUCGUUUGGAUACAUUCCCUCUGUAUCCAACUACGUUCGCCCUGGAAAACGCCCCCUUUCCUCCAUCACGCCCGCGAUAGUUGAGCGACCCAACGGCAAGCUAUUUUUGAUUGCAGGAUCCGCAGGAGGCAGCCGUAUUAUCACUGCCACCGUCCAGAACAUUAUCAAUUCCAUUGAUCGGGGACUCUCCGCCGCCAAAGCGUUGGCCAAACCCCGUCUGCAUGAUCAGUUGAUGCCAAACCAGGUCAGCUUUGAAUACACCUAUGACAAUGCAACGGUUGCCUCCAUGAAAGCGCGCGGUCAUAAUGUAACUUGGGUUGCUCCGGGACAGAGUACUGCCCAGCUGAUUCGGGUCUUGCCCAAUGGAACAUUUGAUGCUGCUGGUGAGCCGAGACAGCUCAACUCGGGUGGGUUUUCUGUAUAG